AGAACAUUUUAUGGCAUCCAUGUUCGAACCCCCUCUUUUCAUUUCCCAUUUCCUUUUCGUGAACAAACCCGACAGUUGUAUUUUCUCCAUGUCUUCUUCCCUCUGCAUGGUUAGCAAGUGCAAGUGGGUGUAUGAGGGUAACGGCUGGCUUUGCAUGCACCGUGUUUUGUGGUGUCGGUCAUUUGGGCGGGCGUACCUGGAGAUGCAACUUUGAAAUGGAUAUAAGCGACGAAUCUGCCACGACUGCGCACUUCCUUUUUCUGUUUCUUUGUUUUCUUCUGAUGGCCGUGCGGAGAGCGGAUCUUUUCUUCCUUUUCCGGAGAAGUGAAGGGCGCAUUGGGACCGCCUGCAGAUGUCUAAUCUAAUAUAGUAAUAGAUCCGCGCUGGCUGACAAUCGGUCGGUGCGAUUCACUUUCGAUUUCUUCCAGACAUUACCUCCCGUGCAUAAUCACAUGCCAAUUGGCA